UGUGUCUCUGUCCACGUACGUUGGCACAUGGAUCGAUGACAGAUGUCUCAAACGGCCCAUGGUAAAUCAACGACAAUCGAGCAAAUUCCCUCCCCUGUCAGAGUAUCCGUUCACUCAACUUCCCCUCCUUCCUUUGCCCAACACACACUCGUGCGCCAAGAUGCGCACACUGCGCAUGCAAAAUGUUCCCACGGCCCUCCCUCACGCAUCAUAUGCUAUUCCCACGCUGCACACAUGGAUGGCCAUCCAUGCAGCAGCAGCAAUCUACAAACACACCCACCCACAGACACAGAGACACGAGUGCAUUCCCCUGCUCGUGUGCAUCAUGUCUCUCUCUCUCCGAUAGCUCCUCCCCGCCGUCUCAUACCUGCGCCAAUCAAAAGACGACCACCACCGCAAUGAUGUUGUCCCGGCUGCCCUUCGACAACGCCGCGUACACUAAGUUCUUGGCCGCCAUCUCCGGCCCACUCGCCCCCUCUCCGUCCAUCAUGCUCCCCAAAGCCGCCCCCGCGAUCUCCGCCGCCUCACUGUCGUCCAACACGUCCCACAACCCGUCACUCGCCGCGAUGAGGAACCGAUCCCGAUUCGCCGUGACGUCUCUCUUCACCACGUGGGGGAACGCCGUCAGGCCUUCCGACUUGAGGGAGUGGUCGCCGAGUGCGCGAGACACGGCCAGCUGCCCGCCCACACGAUUCCGGAGGAUGAUGCCGCCGGCGCGUGUGACCCUCUCGGCCUCGUGUGCGUCCGUGGCUUUGUGCUCUUGGGUGAGACGGAGGGUGGAGUUGUCCGCACGGACCAGGACACCCCGCGAAUCCCCCACAUUGGCGCAGUAGAGCAUCUGCUUGUUGCUGUGGCCCUCCCUCCGCACCACAAACACGGUCGCUGUCGUGCCGGCGUUCCAGCUGCCGUUCAGCCGCAGCUGGUCGUCGAUCUUGAGGAAUGUCUUCUCCAGCGAAGUCUUGACGUCGAAAUCCGACCGAACCAGCUCGUGGACCAGCACAUCAUGCAGCUUCCGGAUCACGUAAUCCAGCGCCUGUCUCCCGCCAUGCCCGUCGUACACCGCGAAAAACGCUGUUGUCCGCUCGUUCGCGAAGUUGUCGACGCACACACACGCGUCCUCCAUCUGGUUGCGGAAUCUCGGGUUCGUCUCCUCGCAGUGCAAAAACCACCGAACCGCCGACAUGGCUCGUGCCGCGCCGCUGAGUGCGUUGGCCGAGGGGAUGCCGGGUGGAGGCAUCCCCAGUGCGCGUGUCAACGUGCCGGCCAGGCCUCUGCUCGCAGCUGCGGUGGGUGUGGACCUCACCGAGCCGGGCGAGGGGCUCUCUCUCCCCAGGCCGAAAUCCAUCUGCCGACCGACAGGCGAAUAUGACGGCGGGGGUGUGUGGGCGGCGUCGUGCAUGCGGCCGCCUUUCAGUCCCUCGAUCGUCGCAGGAAAGGAGCUGCGCUCGACGGAAGGCGGGCUGGGCGAUUGUCCUGCUCGCUGAUACCCUCGUAGAGUGGGAGAGUCGCCACCGAAACGCUGCGGCGGUGGCUGCUGGCCGUAGGCGGCAAAUGGCGACCUCCCAGUGGCAUUUGAGUGGCCACUGGAUGAGGGAGGAGCCUUGUGUCCGGGCGGAGAGCUGCCUCCCGACCUGACGGGCCGUCUCGCGCCGUGUUGGUCGUGGAGGGCGUGAGACGGCGAUGAUCUGUGGUGGGGGAGGGCGGAGAUGGGCGGGGGUGUGCGUGACGAUGGAGUGCUGGACGAUGGAGCGGCGAGGGAUGGGCUGAUGGGGCUGGCGAGCGACUCGCGCGCCGCGGCCGAGAAUGGAGAAGGGCGAUGCAUAUCAGCGGAAUGAAUGAAGAGAGACCGGAAGCGAGAGCGAUGUCAGUCAGAGAGCCC